ACCUCAAUGGCAACCUUAGCGUUUUUCAUAUCUCUUAUUCUUCUUCCUCACCUCUCUCUAUCAACCUCUUCCUGUAACGGUCCAUGUCAAACUCUCGACGAUUGUGAUGGUCUGUUGAUUUGCAUCAACGGCGUUUGCAACGACGAUCCCGACAUCGGCACUGCCCAAUGCUCUACCGGCGGAUCCUCGCCAUCUCCGACGAGUGAUUGCCAGCCGACGGGAACCUUGGAGUGCAACGGAGAAUCCUUCCCGCAAUACGAAUGCUCGCCACCAGUGACUUCCUCAACCGAAGCUACGCUGACCAACAAUGAUUUCAGUGAAGGUGGGGACGGCGGAGCUCCGUCGCAGUGCGACGAGAUCUUCCACGACAACUCGGAACUAAUCGUGGCAUUGUCGACCGGUUGGUAUAACGGGGGCUCGAGAUGUGGGAAGAUGAUAAAGAUCACGGCGUCAAAUGGAAGAUCGGUGCUAGCUAAGGUGGUGGAUCAAUGCGACUCAGUGAAUGGGUGCGAUGCGGAGCAUGCUGGUCUGCCACCGUGUGAGAAUAAUAUAGUGGAUGGGUCUGAUGCGGUGUGGAGCGCCUUGGAGCUGGAUAAAGAUGUGGGCAAAGUGGCUGUUACGUGGUCGGAUGCUUAGGAUUCGAAACCCGUUCGAUAUCGUCGAUUAUCACGACCUAUGAAAUAAACUACAUAUCUGUAGUAACGUUUUUCGUUAGCUAUCGUAUCUAUUAUUUCUAUUCUACCGAGCUGUUUUAUCGAAUCAUUACAAUUGACGUUUAAGCUUAAAGAGAAGAUAAAGAUCUUAGUACC